UGUCGAAUGCCCUUAAUUGUUAUACGCUGCAAUUGACGGUAGGCAGGGCCCAUUUAUGCAUGGACAUUAUGGGUAUUUGUCCGGUAUAUCGUCUGCUAAGAUCUAUGUAUCUUUUACGGUGAUAUAGUUUCCCGUAUAGACAUGAUCCGAGAUUAAAAGUUUCUCAUCAGAACAUUUUGUUUUGAUGCAAGCCUCAAAUAGCUCAAAUAUACUGUCACAAAUAUUGACUGUUGAUCGAACAGGGCCGUAUAAUAAUAUGACCACAUGUUUCCUAAUUCCCGCCAAAAGUUGGCAUUGCAUUGAUAAUAGUGUACACAAAAAAGAAACUGUUAAAUUGAUUAAGGUUACUACAGAUUACCGACUAUAGUGGGAACUGCAAGUCUAGACUAGAUAUCAAAUGGCUAUUAUAAAUUAUGAUUGCCGAACAAUGAUCUGUCAUUAGUCGUCACUUUUUUAGGUGUUAUAGAAUUCCGGUCUAAAGUUUAAAACAAGUUCAAAUUUGAGUACUGGUGGUUUAUUUAAAUUGAUUGCACUGUAAACAUUUUUGACUUGUCGAAUCUUAGUACAAAAAAUUUAACAUAGUGCUAAACAAAAUCAUGCCUAGAAACGUAGAGAUCAAAGCACGCGUCGAAGACUUGGAGAUUGUCAGACAGCGCAUUUUGGCAUUAAAGUCGAAUGCUAUCUAUGACGUCCGACCAGAUUCUAUGGUCAUAAAGCAAGAAGAUUCAUUUUUCAAUUUGCCGACCGGUAAAUGUGGCAAAUUGAAACUCAGAAAAAUGGGUCAAGUUCAAGAGUUAAUUUAUUAUGACCGGGAAGAAAGCUCAGGACCAAAGUUAAGUUCUUAUAGUAAAUGUGAAGUUAACGAAAAUAUAGAAAAAGUACUUACAAAUGCUUUAGGUAGGUGGGGAAUUGUAAAAAAGGAGAGAAAAUUAAUAAUGGUUGGCCAAACAAGAGUGCAUUUUGAUAGUGUUGAUGGUCUUGGGGAUUUUGUAGAAUUAGAAGUAGUUUUAAAUGAUAGCCAAACAGUUGAAGAUGGACAAUCAAUUGCAAAAGACCUGAUGUCUCAUAUGGGAAUUGAAGAAAAAGACUUAAUAUCUGUAUCAUAUGUUAACAUGCUUAUCAAAAAUAAAUAAAAAAGAUUUCUACGA